GACCGCGAGGUGUCAGUCGUCCGUCGAUCGUUACCGGUACAUACAGAUAAGAUAUAUUACUUAUGCGAGAGGUCCCUCAUUUGAUACCGCGUUCUCUAUUCGUAACAUUCUUCAUCCUCGAUCCCUUUCGACGCGAAGCCCGGAAGAAAUCAGGACGUAAACAUGGCAACUACCAAAAUAUGCAACAAGAAGUUCAUCUCCAAAUAUAUAGGCCGCAGAAAUGUUGUUCCCAUAAUCCACGUUCAAGGAACGCACUACGAUAUCGGUUUUGACAUCGGACGCACCUUCGCCAAGAUGAUACAGGAUUUCGUGGACAUUUAUCAACCGCUGAAUAAGAUCUAUCUGCCGCUAUACGCAACCGAGGAAGGCAAGAAAGUUUAUAAUGAAACCCUUGAUGCCGUCAAGAAACAAUUUCCACAGUAUUUGAGGGAGAUCGAGGGAACGGCGGACGGUGCAAAUGUGCCGUUUUACAAACUGUUUCUGAUGCAUCUGGACGACAUUCUUCCGAAUGUUACUGAAAUGCAAGGAAAUACACUUCCAGUCGGUUGUACAACCAUCAUGUGCAACCAGUCAGGACAUGAGAUCUUGGGUCACAAUGAGGAUGCCGUCAGUGAAACUUUGAAUCACUGGUAUCUCGUGAGUGCUCACGUUAUUGAGACGGGCUACAGAGAAGAAAAGUUCACGUCGUUAAGCUACGCCGGUUUUCUGCCGGGUUAUACGAUGGGCUAUAAUCACCAUGGCCUCGUUUACAGCAUCAACACCCUCAGCGCUGCGAUCCUGCGUUCCGGCAAGACUCCACGAUAUUUCCUGACACGAGCAUUGCUGGGUGUGGAGAACUUCGUGCAGGCGCAGCAGACGCUGAGAAACGAGGGAUACGGCGCGGCGGAGGGCUUCUCGGUGAACAUGACGUUCCUCGCGCAGGAGGGAGACCGGAUGUUUCAUAAUGCCGAGGUGGGCCCAGCCGAGGCGGACGCCAAUCGGUCGCAACUCAACAUCCUGACCGUCAGCCCGGGCGAGAAUGCGUCCCAUUGCAACAAAUACCUACGUCUAAAGGUAGAGGAAGAGAAGGGAAGGAUCAUACAGAGCAGUAUCAGAAGAAUGGAGAUGAUUUCAAAACAUCCGCCGGUGGAAUGUCGUGAGGAUGUGAUCAAUGUACUUAGCGAUCAGACGGGCGAAGAUUAUAGGAUCUAUCACGACUUCGGCAAAGAUGAUGAGAUCAAGACGAUUGCCACUGGCAUCUUUGAUUGUAUCGAGCGUACAUGGUCUAUUUACACGGACAUCCCACGAAUCAACGAGCCAAUACUGGUGAUACCCAUGCAACUCCGAAACUUUACGACUCCGUAGUCAAAGAAAUGUCUUUGUUUCGCAAGAAUGGCGAAAAUCGCGUAGCAUUCGCGUUUGCUGUAUUGACGAUUACGUAUGUAAUAUUAACAAUUUUAGCUAUAACAGCAUUUUUAAUUUGUCAAAUAAAACGUAAAAAAUAUUAAUAUUAUCUCUCUGUAGAGAACAUCGAGAUAACCAAAGAGAGGCAUCGUAAAGAUUGAAAAAUUAACGACAUUAAAAGUCUACAAAGUAUUAAUAUGCAAAGAAAAGAUCUGUUAUCUUGUUGAAUAUAAAUGAGAUUUUGUGAUUAUGAAACAUCUCAAUAUUGUUACUAAAAAAAAUUAAUUAUUUUAUAUAAUAAUCCUCAUUAUGUAGCACGAUUAAGAGCGAUUGACUCGUAAUCUCAGUUUCUCGAUCGUAAGUCCUUAUUUCGUUAUAUAUGCCUCAAUUUAUAAAAGAUCAAUUAGAGAAUAAAAAAUUGUGUGUAAAAGAAUGACGUACUUAUAUACAAUUAGCCUCAGAAAU